AUGUUCGGAGAUCUCAUUCCCUGCCUCAGCAGCAGCGUCAAGAGGAGGCCCCUUUUCCACAACCAGAAGCGAUUCGCCUACUACCGCUUCCACAAGCGAGUGGGCAAAGGCUCAUGGAGCAAGUACGUGGAACGGUUCAAACCCCCAAGGAGUAUCGAAAACACCCAGAGACUCAUUUUCAACUAUGAGCCCACGUAUUCAGAAAAAAAAGCGUCCUGCAGCUGGCAGUGGCUGCUUCCAAAAAAAAUCGCACAAGCCACAACAUCGGACGAGGUGUUAAAUGUGUGGGUGUACUACCGACACAAGAGAAAAAAAUCCUAUCAUUAUAUGAAAGUUCUAAAGAGGUUAGUCGAUGUGGGGACCUGCUCGACUAAUGAUUGGAGAUUUAAAUUAAUCACCUCCAGAGUACAAAACAAAAUUAAUACCUUUCUUAACCUGCCUAGAAUAUGUUACUACUACGGGAGAUUAAAAGCCACAGCUCAGUUAGAAGGAAUGAGUAAAAUGUUAAACCAUCGACUAAGUUGUUAUCUCCCUCAUCAGUUGAUUUUAAUUUUAAGAAGUUUUGCCCUUUGUGAGUUGCAAGACAAGCAACUGUUCUGCAAAAUUAGGGACCAGCUGAAACCCCAUGUGCGCACUCUCUCAUUUUCACAAUUGUCUGCCAUAGCGCAGAGCUAUGCGUCCUGCAUGAUUCACGACUUUUUAUUCCUUAGUGUAGUGGCGGAGGAGGUUAUACUCAGGGUUAAGCUGUGUAACGAGCGAAGCUAUGACCGACUCGGCGAGUACAAUGCAGGGGGAGGAGAAACUGCUGCAGUGGGGGAAGAAGGCCCACUGCUGCACGACCUAGCCACGGAAAACAACCUCGUACAGCACAAGCGAGAGCAGUUCUGCUACUACCCCCAAAUGGAGAGCCUAGUAGACAUAGCGGUCUCCUUUGCAAAUCUGAAAUUCCAAAACUACCUCUUCUUCGAUUACAUCAGCAGACUCACCAUAUAUAUGCUAAAAAAUCCGGACACAAAUAUCCUGAACCCAUACCUUAUAGAAAAAAUAGCUAGCUCAUUUUGUAAGUUAAAAAUAAACGACGUAAUGCUAUUUGAGUACAUUCUCAAACAUAUACGCAUAUACACAUACGAUUAUCCUCCCCAAGUCCUUUGCACAAUUGGGUGUCUCUUCUCAUCCAUACUACCAUUACAUUACGGAGCAAUCAACCGGAUUUACAAAAAAAUGAUGCAACACAUAUAUGAAAAUGCUUCUAUCUUAACCAUGGAUUCCUUAACCAAGUUCUCCUCCUUUGUACAUAAAGGGACAACAAGCGACGGAACAAAAAAGGAAUUCUUAUUUCGAGUAAACGAUCUUGUUAAGAAGGUAGACAAUAAAUACUCUAAAAUGAUGUAUGACGUUCCCAGGAUCUUGGAAGUUUUAUCCUUUCAUGAAUUGCUGGAUCAGGAUUCUUUUCAAAUCAUGUGCAAACAUAUGCAUGGAAAUAUUAAGUACUUUGAACCAUGUGACUUUAACAGAGCUGCGAGAGCGUUAAGCCAAGUGAAGAAAAAAUUCAACUUCGAGGAUGACAAAAUCGUUAAUGCACUUGCAAGGAAUGCCAUUAAGCAACAUGAUCUGUUUCAUAUUAUCGACUACCAUCAAUUUUGUAAAGCCAUUUUACAUAUAAGUGGAUUGAAGGACAUAUAUAAAAUUUCCUUGGUCAAAUACCACAACAGUGUUCCCUUUUUUGGCUUUAAUGAAUUAACACUCGAGGUUGACGUCCCCAGCCAAGAAAAACAAAACGCACGCAAGUAUAAGAAAGGCACCAUCCGUUUUUCCAACAAGAAAUUGGAACAGGAGUAUCCCCUGCACAAGGCGCUGGCUAACGCGUAG